CGCAGCCUGCUUCCCCCCCGCACAGACACAACUCCUGAGCAUCAGCAUCGACUUCUGCUGCUACGCCUGAAACAGCUUCAACCCAGCGUUUAACCUUCUCACUUCACAAUAAAAAUGGCACGUACAAUGAUCCAGCUUAUCGCCACAAUGAUGGUUGUCCUGACUCUGGAUUUUCAGCCAGUUUUGUCACAGGUCAACAUCACCAGGACAGGAUGUGGCAUGUCCAAAUUUUGCUUGGAGGAGCCUCAAGCCUGUGACCCCGCCUCAAACGCCACAUGUCUUUUUGGCUCUCUGAAGCCCACCGCCCUGAACGUCCCGAACGGCCUUGACGUGUCCUUCGAACUCAGCGGGAACUCUUCGGGAUACAUCGCUGUAGGUCUCACCCAGGAUCUAUCUAUGGGCUCCACCAUGCUUUUUAUCUGUGGUAACAACGGGACUUUCUUCACCGCGUCAAUGACUUCUAACAACACCAACCCCAACGAGCCACUGGGCAUGCUGAUGAUGAACAUGACAGACAUUGCGAACAGCACGGAGGGUGAAAACAUCAAGUGUACGUUUAACGUUGCUGGUCUGAAUGCCACCAGCUCACAAACCAGGGCCGCCGCAGACAGCACCUUUUUUGUGGUCAUCGGGUCUGGAAUGAUAACCGGCGAUCGACUCGGACCCUUCACAAGUGCUCGCAACAGUAGCGCCAUAGAUCUUUCAGCCUUCCUGCCAAACUCCACAAACACCACAACACCAUCAUCAGGGGCCAACCACCCCCUUUACUCUAAUGCUGUGUUGCCUCUGCUGAGCUUCCUGACUUUGUCCAUCCUGAAGUUCGCCUGAUCGAGUCCAGACACGAAGCUAUUACUAAACCAACAGACACAGUGAAGGAAGCUGAGUGUCAUGUUGUUUAUAAAGUGGUUUUAGGAAAAUAUUUGUUUAUUUUGCACUGUUUGUAAUUGUUCUACUUAGAAAUGUAGAAACCAAUAAUGCAGGUUCUGAAAACUGUUCUUUGAUCUAAGGUAUAUAUUUUUUUAAAUACUGUAAAUAUGGCUGUUAUGAAGGCCGUUUUCAAUCAGUCAUGCCUUUAAUUAAUAUCUUUAAAUGGUUUUAUUGCUGUGUGAAAUGUGAGCAGGUCUCGUGUUUGUAUUGAAUCUGUCGUCCAACGUUCAUUCAGCGGAAGCCCACCGAUCUCUGGACGGUUGGGUUUGCAGUAAUGAAGUAGAUGAAGGCAUGUGUCAGUCAGGCCAAACUCGAUUUACCUGAAAAACGUCUAAACCGAAAGCGACGCGUUAAUGUCGUUUGUGGUCGACCGACAUUCUGAAUUUCUUAGUCAACUCCUCCUUCCGUCACGUUACGGUUAGACAGAAACAAGUCAUCCGAUGAGACACUUUGGACAAGUUGCCGCCUUGUGCAACUUGGAGGAUGUGAAAGAUGAUUGAACCCUGAUAAUAUGUUCAACAAAGCAGAUGAUGAACAUAAAGCACAUAUCUAACUAGAUCCUAACGAGAUAUAAAACAAUGUGAAAAAGGAACGAUACAUUUAACAAGGAACAAUAGAAAUAUCAACAGUUCUGUUUGUAACUUGUACUUUUGACAAUAAACAUUUAAAAGUA